AGACAUUUUCGGCAGUAGCAUUUAUACCGCAUGCUUUUCAUUAAAAUUACUUUUGCUUGAUUUAAAUAUAAUUAGAUAACUAUGGCCCAAAACAAAUUUAAUGAUCUAGCUGGUAAAUUUGGUAAGGGAGGUCCUCCUGGUCUUGGCAUUGGAUUAAAAUUGUUAGCUGUUGGUGGUGCCGCUGCCUAUGGAAUUUCUCAAUCAAUGUACACAGUUGAGGGAGGUCACAGAGCAAUUAUGUUUAACAGAAUAGGGGGUGUCCAAAAAGAAAUAUAUACUGAAGGUUUGCAUUUCAGAAUUCCAUGGUUCCAGUAUCCUAUCAUUUAUGAUAUUAGAUCAAGACCAAGAAAAAUCUCUUCCCCCACAGGAUCCAAAGAUCUGCAAAUGGUAAACAUUUCCCUUCGUGUUUUGUCUCGACCCUUAGCUUCUUCUUUGCCAGUAAUUUACAGACAACUGGGUUUAGAUUAUGAUGAAAAAGUCCUUCCAUCAAUUUGUAAUGAAGUCUUAAAAUCUGUAGUGGCCAAAUUCAAUGCUGCUCAGUUGAUCACCCAAAGACAACAGGUUUCCUUAUUGGUUAGAAGAGAAUUAGUAGAAAGAGCUCAAGACUUCAACAUCAUUCUUGAUGAUGUAUCCAUCACAGAUUUAUCAUUUGGAAAAGACUAUACAGCAGCUGUAGAAUCCAAGCAGGUAGCUCAGCAAGAGGCACAGAGGGCUGCUUUUGUAGUGGAAAAGGCCAAACAGGAGAGACAGCAGAAGAUAGUGCAAGCUGAGGGAGAAGCUGAAGCUGCUAAGAUGUUGGGGGAAGCCAUUGGAAGAAAUCCAGGAUUUUUAAAACUAAGGAAAAUCAGGGCAGCACAAAAUAUUUCUAGAACUAUUGCUAAUUCCCAAAACAAGGUAUACCUCAGCGGAAACAGUUUGAUGUUGAACAUCUCAGAUAAGGAGUUCGAUGAUAUGUCAGAGAAGUUGCAAAGCCAAAUUGAGUCUGACGGUAAACCAAGCACAGAUGGAAACACAAUAUUAAGUUUAUCGCAAUUUGAAGCCAGUAGAAUUAAACAGUAGGUUUUAAGAGGAAUAAUAUAGAACUUACUACUUUUAGAGCAUUUAUUUUAUUACAAAUACUUUUAAAUAUACACUUGUUAUAG